AUGGGCUACACACGCGAAGAACUCCCCACUCACACCAGGAGCACUUCGCUCUUCAAUCACCUGGAGUCUAUGCCCGGCGACCCUAUUUUCGGCUUGAUGUCGCUAUAUGCCAAAGAUCCUGCGGAGAAGAAAGCGAGUCUUACUAUUGGUGUUUAUAGAGAUGAAGAUGGCAAGCCUUGGGUUUUGCCGACGGUUAAGAAGGUCGAGAAGAUGAUCGCAGAAGACGUGGCCACAAACCACGAAUACCUGCCUAUGGAAGGUCUCUUACCUNUUGUCGAAUCAGCACGCGACCUUCUCUUCGGAAACCCUUCAGCCUCUCUAACUUCUCGCAUUGGCUCUCUCCAAACCAUCUCUGGAACUGGUGCUGUGCAUUUGGGUGCUCGUUUCUUGAAUGACAGUCUAUCGCCCAAGCGCAUCUGGGUCUCUGACCCUACUUGGGGCAACCACCACGCUAUUUUCGACAUUGCCGCCCCAAAUGUCGAGCAAAAGAUGUACCCCUACUACGAUGCCGCAACCUGCAGUUUGAACUUUACAGGUAUGAUGGAAACACUCGAGCGAGAUGCUCAACCCGGAGACUUGAUCCUCCUUCACGCCUGCGCCCACAACCCCACCGGCAUCGACCCUACCAAAGAACAAUGGAAGCAAAUCGCCGACCUCUGCGAACGCAAACACCUCUUCCCUUUCUUCGACUCUGCAUACCAAGGCUUUGCUUCCGGCGAUGUAGACGAAGAUGCUUGGGCAGUCCGCCACUUUGUCUCUCGCGGAACCCUCGAACUCGUCGUCGCACAAUCCUUUUCCAAGAAUUUUGGAUUGUAUGGGCAACGCGUUGGUGCUUUCCACAUUGUUGCUGCAGACGAGGGUGCUAGAGAUAAUGCAUUGAGCCACCUUAUCUAUCUCCAACGUGCGGAAAUCUCCAAUCCUCCUGUUUACGGUGCUAGGAUUGUUGCUUUUAUCCUGCGCAACGAGGAACUCAAGCGCGAAUGGGAGCAAGAUUUGUUGAUCAUGAGUGGCCGUAUUAAGACCAUGCGAGCUUCCUUGUACGGAGAAUUGCAAGCUCUCCGAACACCUGGAAACUGGGAACAUAUCGUUAAUCAGAAUGGUAUGUUUUCGUACACUGGGUUGUCUGAGAAGCAGGUUUUGGCACUCAGAAAGGAACAUAUCUAUCUUUUGACUUCGGGCAGAGCGUCGAUUUCGGGAUUGAACAGGGAGAAUGUUGAGAUGGUGGCACAGGCUAUUGAUAAGGUUGUCAGAGAGUCUGGAGAUGCUCCUGCUCCUGCUGCGUAG